GAGACCAGCACUGUGCUGUCAGAGGCAGCAGCGGUCCAUAGAGAAGAAGCUCAUCUCCUGCUGACUGGGGGGCUCUCGCAGCUGGAAGACCCCCUCCCCAGAAGGAGGCCAUUCUCUUCCCUCAAGGGGCAGCCAUGCUGACUCCGGGGGGCCCUUGGCUUACACACCUGCUCCAAUUCUUCACCUACUGGCUGGGCUCUUGGGUUUGUGUAGUUCUGGUGUCAGGGCAGGAGCCCUAUGCGCCUCAUUCCAUCAGACUUGAAGGAGACAUCACUUUGGGGGGACUCUUUCCUGUCCAUGCCAGGGGUCUUUCAGGAAUGCCAUGCGGGGAUAUAAGGAAAGAGAACGGGAUCCACAGGCUGGAAGCCAUGCUGUAUGCCAUUGAUCAGAUCAACAGUGACCCGGAGCUGCUGCCCAACAUCACCCUGGGGGCCCGGAUCCUGGACACCUGCUCUAGGGACACCUAUGCUCUGGAGCAGUCCCUCACCUUUGUCCAGGCUCUCAUACAAAAGGAUGCCUCGGAUGCCCGCUGCACCAACGGGGAGCCGCCAGUCUACGUUAGACCGGAGAAAGUAGUGGGAGUCAUCGGGGCAUCGGAAAGUUCUGUGUCCAUCAUGGUAGCAAAUAUCCUGCGACUUUUCCAGAUCCCACAGAUCAGUUAUGGCUCCACUGCACCUGAGCUGAGUGAUGACCGCCGCUAUGACUUCUUCUCUAGAGUGGUUCCUCCAGAUUCCUUCCAGGCUCAGGCCAUGGUGGACAUUGUCAAGGCCAUGGGAUGGAAUUAUGUGUCUACGCUGGCAUCAGAAGGAAGUUACGGAGAGAAAGGGGUGGAGUCAUUUAUGCAAAUUUCCAGAGAAGAAGAAGGACUUUGUAUCGCCCAGUCCUUGAAGAUACCAAAUGACCGGAAAGCCAACGAAUACGAUAAGCUGGUGAAGCAGCUGCUGGAGAUACCUCAGGCGCGGGCCGUGGUUGUCUUUGCUGUUGAUGACAAUGAUAUCAGACAGGUUUUGGCUGCAGUAAAGAGAGCCAACAAAGUGGGACACUUCAUCUGGGUAGGGUCGGACAGCUGGGGCUCCAAAUUUGGACCAAUAAGCCACCUAGAAGAAGUUGCGGAAGGUGCCAUUACAAUCCUGCCCAAGCGAGCCACCAUCGAAGGUUUUGAUGCCUACUUUACUUCUCGGACCCUGGAGAACAACAGGAGGAACGUCUGGUUUGCAGAAUACUGGGAAGAAAACUUUAACUGUAAACUGACUAUUACUGGCUCUAAGAAAGAGGACACUGACCGGAAGUGCACAGGAAGUGCUGGGACCCCAGUUAUGUUUAAUAAGAAUGGAGACGCUCUGGGUCGAUAUGACAUCUUCCAAUUCCAGAUGGGAAAUCGUACGGCACCAGGAUACCGACUGAUCGGACAGUGGACGGACGAGCUGCAGCUGAACAUUGAAGACAUGCAGUGGUCUAAAGGAAUGCAUGAAAUCCCGCCUUCUGUUUGUAGCUUGCCAUGCAAGAUGGGUGAGAGGAAGAAGAUAGCCAAAGGCAUGCCGUGCUGCUGGCAAUGUGACCUUUGUGAUGGCUACAAGUACCUGCUAGAUGAGGUCACCUGUUACCGGUGUGAUUUUAACAUGCGCCCUAAUCGUAACCGCACUGGCUGUGACCCCAUACCGAUCAUCAAGCUGGAGUGGCACUCACCUUGGGCUGUAAUUCCUGUCUUUCUUGCAAUGCUUGGUAUUAUUGCCACCAUUUUUGUUAUGGCAACCUUCAUAAGAUAUAAUGACACCCCCAUCGUACGAGCCUCUGGGAGGGAACUUAGCUAUGUCCUAUUGACCGGGAUCUUCCUCUGUUACAUCAUCACAUUUCUGAUGAUCGCUAAACCUGAUUUGGCCGUCUGUUCCUUCCGGCGCAUUUUCUUAGGAUUGGGUAUGUGCAUCAGUUAUGCUGCUCUUUUAACCAAAACCAACAGGAUAUACAGAAUCUUUGAGCAAGGUAAGAAGUCAGUGACUGCUCCUCGGCUCAUCAGCCCCACCUCACAGUUGGCCAUCACCUCCAGUUUGAUAUCCAUCCAACUUCUAGGAGUAUUUAUCUGGUUUGGUGUAAACCCUCCAAACAUCAUCAUUGACUAUGGGCCGGAGACGGUUGAUCCCGAACAGAGACGUGGUGUCUUGAAAUGUGACAUUACGGAUCUACAAAUCAUUUGUUCCUUGGGAUACAGCAUUCUUCUCAUGGUGACUUGUACUGUCUAUGCCAUCAAAACAAGAGGAGUGCCUGAGAAUUUCAAUGAAGCUAAGCCUAUAGGUUUUACAAUGUAUACAACCUGCAUAGUAUGGUUGGCUUUCAUUCCAAUAUUUUUUGGCACAUCACAAUCAGCAGAAAAGCUUUACAUCCAGACCACCACCCUCACCAUCUCCAUGAAUCUCAGUGCCUCGGUGGCUCUGGGGAUGCUCUAUAUGCCGAAGGUUUAUAUAAUCAUCUUCCACCCAGAACUGAAUGUGCAGAAACGUAAGCGCAGCUUCAAGGCAGUAGUGACAGCGGCCACAAUGUCGUCACGUCUUUCGCACAAGCCCAGUGACCGGCCCAACGGGGAAGCCAAGACAGAGCUCUGCGAGAAUGUCAAUCCAAACAGCCCCGCCACAAAGAAGAAAUACGUCAGCUAUAACAACCUGGUGAUAUAGGCAGCCUACUUGUCUAAGAUGGAAGAGGUAGCAGCUACAUUUUCAUUCCUGAGUUGUGUGGUGCGGCUUGCUUCCUCUCCACCCCGUGCCUCACUCACAGCGGCCAAUCAUGGGAGGAGAGGAGCUGCUGGAAUAUGAUGGUGCACAGCCCUUGAGGACUGGGAAAAGCUGCUUUAUUCAAGCCAUCUGAACUAUUCCUGGCUUAUAUCUCAGUGGCCAGGACCAAGCGAUGAGCGCCCAGCCCCGCGUGAAGCAAGUUUGUAAGCGGGCCUAACCAGGGCUCUUCCGCCUAUAAUGGGGACCAUCAGACUCAGAUAUUUCUGUACAGAACUUUUUGCAUACAAACUCCUAUCUUUUCAUAUCCAACUUUACUUUCACCAUUUGGGGAGUUACUUGGAACCCCCCCUCCUCCCUAGCAGCAAGCACUUCAGUAAUCUGGCUUCCAUAUUGACACUCAUUUCAUAUGGGUCACUCAUUUAUUGAAGCUUUCAAGCCCUUUUUAUUUAUUUUUGCCACAUUUUUUCAUCUGUUUUCUUGUCAAAGUUGUUUUUUUGUUGUUUUUUUUUUGUAUUUAUUUCUUUAAAUUCCUUUUUCAUUUCUGAAAAACAAGGUUUUUAAAGACCAAAAACUGUGUGUGAUACGCAGACCGUUCCUGAGUGUGAUUGGCUGGCAGGAUCUGGUGAUGUGAUUGGCUGAACCUCGGGGGUCUUCUGUCUCCGAAUGCAUGUUAUCUCUCUUUCUCUCUGCAUUUCUUUUAUUUUUCUGUCUGAGAUUUCUGCUGUUUGUGUUUGAUUUCUUCUUUUCAUUUGCCCACGGCCUGGGGUUACAUUGACAGGAAGUGGGUUGAGGUGGCCAAAAUUUUAACCCACCUCUAGGGAUCUGUCCAAGCCUGAUCAGUGAAGGCCGCUCCGUGGACUCAGAUGUGACAAAAAGCAUGUAUGUUUUUUACUGUUUGUAAUGAGUAUUUUCUGCUUAUGUGCCAACCUCGUGAGACACCCUCCCCAAACUGCCCUGUGAUAUUGUCAGAGAAUGUAUUAAUUAAAGAUUUUGAUUAUCUUUUCUAUUUUAUGUUGUUAAGGUUUUGGAUUUACUUUUCGAGUGGGGAAGGUUGUAAACCGAUGAGUGCUUCUGGUGAUACUUGAUACAUCCCUGCUUGGUUGGGGGUUUUCCAGUAUGCUUUUGGAGCAAACUAUUUUGUUACUCACUUUGAUAUUUAGGGCUAAGAAAAGAUUAUGGUUACUUGUCCUGUGAUAAGCCUCAUCCAAUGGUGUUGUGGGUCUCCCAGUUGGGGCUGGGAAACACACACUUGUCCUUCAGGGCUAGAGAAAUUUUUUUUGUGAUGAGCUCCAUCCCAUGGUGAAACAAAAAGAACUAUUAGCAAUAUCAUAAUCUAGCAUAGGGUUGUACAUUGGGGGAGGAAAUAGUGGCCAAUAAGCAGUGAAAGUGGAUGAAAGAGAAUUUAUAAUAAAAGCAAGCCAUAGUCAAGACUAUAUUAAAACUAUAUAGUGGGGGGAAAUGUAUGGCUAAGGCCAACCCCAAUGCCUCCGCAUAGCUUCAUAUCUUAUGUGACAUUCAUUAGGUUCCUUAAGGAGAUUUAUGGGAGCACACAAAAAAAGGUACCAGAUUUCCUUGUUUCAGUUAGGAGUUAUUUAUAAUGUGAGCCUGUGUGCUCUUCUGGUUAUGGGGCCCAGCCACAGUUGCGACCACUGUAGUAACAUCACUGUCUGGAUGUGGAGAUGACUGUUUCUAUUCAUUGGGGGAAGCAAAAAAAAAUGUAAAAAUGUUGAAUAAUAGAAAAAGUUAGGAAGUUAUCAAACUUUUUAUUCUACAGUGAUUAAACUUUAUGUUCCUUUACAUUAAUUUUCAAAAGUGCUGAUUUUUCUUUUGGAGACAUUACCGGCAAUGCACCCAGGAGGAAAAACUAUGCAAAUGAGUUCUCCUCCAGAAGGAAGGAAACCAUCAUUUCCACCUAUAGGAUCUGGUGUAUGUGUCCGAGACUCUUUUAUUUCUUUUAUGUGCUCAC